AAGCGCAUGCGCACCAAAAACUGGGUGAAGUACACAAACUCGCAAAGAACUUUUCAAACAACUUCUCUUUUUCUUGUCAUCAAGCGCAAAAACCGACACCGGUCUGUUUGUUUUAGGGGUGUCGUAAAACGGAUAAGUGAAGAAAUCAGAUGUAGUGACGUUGCAUAUCCUAUGUUUCACAGGAAGAUGUUGAACUUUUCUGCAACGCUAUAAAUUGGAUCAUGUUGCGCCAGACCGGGGGACACAGCGCCGUUGUUUUGAACUUGACUUUGCUUUUAUGCCACUUCAUAUAAGAAAACGCCAUUCAAGUUGGUUUUAGGUCCACUUUUGUUAUUUUAUACCGCGGAUGCAAAACUCGUCGUCAUGACAAAGAAAACUCUCUGGACCGUGGCGACCACGGUGACGCUUUUCUUUUGUUUAUGUUUUUCAACUUUUAAAGCAGAAACCUCUUCUUGUCACGGAGCAUACGACCUUUACUUUGUUUUGGACCGAUCUGGGAGUGUUUCGACCGACUGGAAUCAGAUCUAUGAUUUCGUCAAAAAUCUUACAGAGAAAUUUGUGAGUCCAAAUAUGCGAGUGUCCUUCAUAGUGUUUUCAUCGAAAGCAGAGAUUGUGUUAGAGCUCACUGGAGACAGGGCAAAAAUAAAUAAAGGACUGAGGGAUUUAAAUGCAGUCAAACCAGCAGGAGAAACCUACAUGCAUGAAGGAAUUAAAAAGGCAACUGAACAAAUGAAAGAACAGCUAAAAAAGUCCUCUAGCAUCAUUGUGGCUUUGACUGAUGGAAAGCUUGAACCAUAUAUCCAUCAACUCACUAAGGAUGAGGCUGAUUUAGCAAGGAUGAAUGGGGCCCGCGUGUACUGUGUCGGCGUAAAGGACUUUGAUGAAGAACAGCUCGCCGAUGUGGCUGAUACCAGAGAGCAAGUGUUCCCAGUCAAAGGAGGCUUUCAAGCUCUCAAAGGCAUUGUUAACUCGAUCCUCAAGCAAUCAUGCACGGAGAUUCUAACAGUGGAGCCGUCCAGCGUCUGCGUGAACGAGACUUUUGACAUUGUUUUGAGAGGGAACGGGUUCACACUGGGGAGGCAAACAGAAGGAGUGCUCUGCAGUUUCGUAGUGGAUGGAGUUAUUUACAAGGUGAAGCCAACCAAGGUGAAGAAUGACUAUGUCCUGUGUCCUGCUCCAGUUCUGUAUUCAGUGGGACAACAAAUGGAGGUUCUGAUCAGUUUGAACAAUGGCACAUCGUAUAUCUCCAGUGCUUUCAUCAUCACUGCCUCCACAUGUUCGGACGGCACAGUGGUGGCCAUUGUGUUCUUGGUGCUCUUUCUCCUGUUGGCUUUGGCUCUGAUGUGGUGGUUCUGGCCUCUCUGCUGCACCAUUAAGCCAGAGCCAGAACCAAUACCCAAGAAAAAGUGGCCAACUGUGGAUGCAUCUUAUUAUGGAGGAAGAGGAGCUGGUGGAAUCAAACGCAUGGAGGUCCGUUGGGGAGAGAAAGGGUCCACAGAGGAGGGUGCACGGCUCGAGAUGGCCAAGAAUGCAGUGGUGUCAAUACAAGAGGAGACAGAGGAACCCAUGAUCAAAAAGCCACCCGCACCCCCACCCACAUACCAUCGAUCUGAAUCCAAGUGGUAUACUCCAAUCAGGGGUCGACUUGAGGCACUGUGGGCUCUUCUGCGGCGACAGUAUGACCGAGUUUCACUCAUGCGCCCAACUACCACAGAUAAGGGACGCUGUAUGAAUUUCAAUCGGGUGCAGCAUCAAUAGACGACAGCAUCCCGUCUCUGAAAUACUUUGACUUCCAAGUAUAUCAGAUGGAACAACAGAAAAAACGUAAUUUCCUCGAGAUGAUAUAGCUUAUCAUUGGCCACUUCAGAGUAUCUUGUUUCAGCGCUUUACAAGUAUUGGCUUUCCAAAACUUAUAAUUCUGGUAUCUCUCAAGCUACUGAACGGCAAGCGGAUGACUAAAUAGAUCAACAAAAAAGUGUCUGAUUUUGCAGCUGAUCUGGUUAGCUUUAAUGCACAGCAAAGGCUUUUUCAUGUUCUGACCAUAUUGUGCCUUCUGUGAAAGAAAAAAAAAAAAACUAAUCUUAUGGACACAGACGGAGGCUAUUUAAAAAAAAAAAUAAAAAAAAAG